CUUCUGACAUAUCUCGCAGCCAAGCAAACAAGAGCCAAAUGCAUCAAGCUUGGCUCUCCCCUCAAACUCAAUCUCUAUUUUCGUAUUCAAAAGUGGAGCCAAGUCACAGCAUAAGCUCUUAUUAGUAAUACUAAAUUCAUUAUUAUUGAUAUGGCACAUUUAAAAACAUGCUAAAACAUGAAACAUGAUUAUCUGUUCAAUUUAGAGCAUGCAAACCCUGUGCAGAUGUAUACUGGGAACGAUUUGGACAAUAAAUAUAUCCUAUUUCUCCCCAAGGUAGCUUAAAUCAAUACUUUACCAAAGCUUUGAUUAAAAGUCGCAAGGUGCUAGACCUCAAAUCUCUCUUUCACCCUCUAUUUCUCUUUGUGUCUGCCUCUAGCUAUUCCAUUUGCUGUUAAGAAGAGCUGCUCUCAGUUAAUCAGAUUAUUUUUUACCCUGUCUAGAAAUUAUUUGAUAUUAAUCAAAUAUUUGAUUGGCAGAGAUUAUAAUUUAAAAUUCCAGUUUUCAUAAAAAUCUUUAGUGUGUCUCUCAGCAUGUUAAAUGGUGAGGACAAAAUGUCCUCAGCCAAACUCAGGCAGUAGGCUACAUUAACAUUGUGCCUGAUAUUCAUAUCUUAAUAAGACUAUGUCCUUUCCAUUACACAAUUAAUUCUGGCCCAUAUACACGUGUUUACUGUACUCCUUGACACUAAUUUACACAGUUUAGAAAUGUCUUUAUUCGAAGUAGGUAAAUAUGUCAAUAUUAUAUCAAAGUCUGAGACAUAUAGUUCAACAAACCACCAAUUCACAAAAUUAAAUGUGUUACACAUCGUGUUUCUAAAUGCAUAAAAAGUGACUAUACUGCACUUCUAGAUCUUUUAGGGUGAAUGAAGCUCUGUGCGCGAGCGAACAUAAAAUUGUACCAGGAGACCCGGGAUUUUGCCUCAUCGUGACGUGAAAGAGUUCCCUUCGACAAAUAUAACACUUUCUAAAUUUAGUCUCCUCAAAAUAUCAAUUCCCUGACGAUUACUUUGACGCUAGUCACGUGUUAGCAUUUCGUGAGUGUGAGUGUUGGGGGGUGGGGGUGACAUUUUGACAUAUAAAGCUGCUUCAAGGGCGAAUUCUGCAUUAGAAGCGCGCGCAAAACCGAGCUGCGCAAUUGCGCGAGGCAUUCAUUUAGGGUUGCGAGGGAGCGCGGAUUAAUCGUCCAGUCUUGAGAUUUCGCGAAUCAACUGCUCGGAUGGAUUAUGCCAACUCUUCGCGGAAUAAACGGAGGUCAGAGUCAUGGAGAGCAGUGCAUCGACCACCCGUGCACCGCUGGAUAUCACGUCCAGGGAUCUACAAGUUGUACUGAUGCAAUUUAGUUCCCCGUCAUGAACUGUCCAGGAGUCGCGGUUCAAAGUUGGGGGCUUUAAGAGCGGGGAACACCAUGCACACCGCAGAGCUCGCGCUCUCUGUCCUACUUGUCGUGAUCAUCGCAGUGUCGUUGCUGUCCAACGUGCUGGUGCUGAUCUGCUUCCUGUACAAUGCAGAAAUUCGCAAGCAGGUUCCUGGCUUGUUUAUACUCAAUUUAACGUUCUGCGACCUGCUUCUGUCCGCCUCCAGCAUGCCGCUGACUCUUUUCGGUGUGUUGAGUAAAGGGCAUCCCGGAGGACAGGUUUUCUGUCAGGUAGUCGGGUUUCUGGACACUUUCCUGACUACCAACUCCAUGCUGAGUAUGGCAGCGCUCAGCAUCGAUCGGUGGGUUGCUGUGGUGUUUCCUCUGAGUUAUCAUUCCAGGAUCCGUCACCGGGACGCUGUGAUCGCUCUGGCUUACACGUGGGUGCACUCCUUGUCCUUUUCAGUGGUUGCCGCGUGCCUCUCCUGGGUGGGCUACCAUCAGCUGUACGCUUCGUGCACACUCUGUAACGGCAGGGCGGUCCAUGCCAAGACCCAGUUCGUGAUAUACACACUGGUGCUGCACGCGCUCACGUUCCUGCUGGUGUCAGUGGUGCUCUGCGUCACGUACCUGAAAGUGCUCAAAGUAGCGCGCUUUCACUGCAAACGCAUAGACGUGAUCACCAUGCAAACGCUCGUACUGCUAGUGGACAUUCACCCGAGUGUUCGUCAGCGCUGUCUGGAGGAGCAAAAAAGGAGGAGACAGAGAGCCACCCGCAAAAUUAGUACCUUCAUCGGAACCUUUGUCGUCUGUUUCACCCCUUAUGUCAUCACCAGGAUUGUGGAGCUGUUUGUGACAGAGCCAUUUAAUCCAUACUGGGGCGUGCUGUGUAAGAGUCUGGCGUACAGCAAAGCUGCAUGCGAUCCUUUCGUCUACUCUCUUCUGCGACACCAGUAUCGGAAGACCUGCAGUGACAUCAUCAAUCGACUCAUGAAGCGCAGUUCCCUGAAUGACUCCAGGCAUCAGCAGGAGAAUGGAGAGAUCGGGAGAGCUAAGGAAACCGUAAAAGAUGGGGAAGUCAAAGUCAGACCUACAGACUGAGGACUCCUGUUGCUAUAGAGAUGAACAAUCACAAAGGUAGAGCUUCGACUCUGGGAGGAGAGAAAACAAUGAAAGUAGAAGAGACAGCGGGAUAUCAGGCUCUGCAUUUCUCAGCUCAAAAAGAAUUCAAGAUGUUACUGUAGCAAGAGAUUUUAGUAGCAAAAGAGAUUUUUAAAUAAAAAAAAAAUAUAUAUAUAUAUUCUUUCUUUCUUUCUUUCAUCCAUUCUGAAGUCAAACUACUGUAAAGCUGCAAUCCACGAGAGCUGCUAGUUAGCCAACAUUCAAAGAGAAUCCGUUGGACUUAUUAUUUAUCGUGGUCUGAUUUGUCUCUUAUGUUAUAGUGAUAAAGUGCUGUUUAGAUUUAUGAAUAGGUGACUGCUUUGACUUCAAUUGAGUAAUGGUCAAAUGUAAGAAAACAGAAGAUCGCUUCUAACAUCGUGAGUUUUUCAAAACAGAAUAAGAAACAGUAUUUUCUAGAUGAUGUUUUAGUGGAACUCAAUGGCAUGUGGCUUUGAUAUUUUUGUAGCAUGUAUUGUAUUUUCAGGGUUUAGAUAUGAAGUCCCAAAGCAAAUGGCAGACCUGUUCUUAUGGUGCCUUUAUUUAUUUUAUUGAAUUAUUUAUUUAAAACGAAACCUCUAAAGACUGAAUUUUAGUUAUCUGAAAUUAAGAAGCUCAUUUCAGCAGAGAAUUGUAGAGAAAUCAUGUUGUGUAAACCAAAGGUACAAAGGAGAUAAAAUAAGUAUUUAUUGAGUGGAAACACAAUAGGACUUAAAAAAAAAAAAAAAUGUUAGAUUAAAUUCUGACAGCAUAAACAGUCUCUUUUUCUAACUUGCCUCUGAAAAUUAUGUGUGAAAAUAUUGUGCAAGUGCCUGAAGUGCUGUCAUGUGAAUUUAAUUAAUGUUCUCUGUGUGGGAACACUGGCCACAAGAUAUAGGGAAAAAAAUACUUGCAAAAGACCUAAACGGGAGGAAAAAGAAUGAGAAAAAAAAGAGGUUUUCUUUCCCCAAUUUUUCUGUUGAGUUUUACAAUGCUGUUCAUUGUCAAUGUAUAUAUGCAUACACAUUUUUGUAUUUUUAAAGAGUAAAUCAUUUCUACAGGGUAAUUUAUAUCUGAAUGUCACUCUAUAGUAAAUAUGUAUUGUUUUCAUUUUUGUAGCGUGCACGUACGAGUAUGUGUGCGACUGUGAUAUUUGGAAGUGGGAAUAUUAUUACACUUUGAGGGUGUUUAUGUAUAAAACUACAUGUUUAAAUGUUUUCUUUUGUGCAAAUGUAAAGCCUUAGGAAGAAACAUGUCUAUUUUUGUUAAACAGAACAAAUGUAGUUUUAAAUUUUGCUACAUAAAUAUCUUUGUGACUUUGCUGACAAUAAACAGUGGGUUUGAAAAGA